AUGCCACAAAGAAACAUAAGCGGAAAACACGUACGCAAACAUGUUACAACAGCUUGCAUCCCAUGCCGGGAAACUAAAGUUAAAUGCGACGGUACCACACCGAUUUGCCUAAAUUGUCAGAGCAAAGGGAAGGAUUGUAGUUACCGAAAGCGCGAUGAUAAACGAAAGUAUGAUAUCAUAUGCGCAGAUGCUCCACGCAUUGCUUUUGCUAAUAUUCCUAUCAGAAUACCCGUGCGCAUUGCAGUUAGCUUACUUGCCAAACGAGUUGGUUCCCUGUCUCAAUACAUCCGGGAUUGUGGCUUCGAAGUCCCUGCUAUGAAUGAGCAGGACCAAGACAGUCUCACAAAAAUCCUUCAGGCGCUCGGAUUGGGUUACGAAGAGAUACAAUCGGAGGGGCACACAUCAAACCACGCGGAGGAUAGUCCUAGUCUGAUCAACUACCCUGCCCGGCUACCUGAGCAGGUAAACGAGGGCAACGAAGGGAAUUCGAACGGCCGCAGUGCCCCUGAUCUGAUUUCAAAUCCCCGUAGGCAGGGCGGUGCGGCGAAGGGACUGAGAACAUUUCCAACGAGCCUGGGAUUUGAUAGGGCAGCGGAAGCAUUAUCAGUGAACUCAGUGCCAAUAACUCACGACUCUAAUAUCUCUUUUCUUCUUGAUUCCACCGAAGAAGCUGCACCUCAAACUCGUCUAUCACCAGUCAAUCCGCCGUCCCAGUGUGAACCGCAUGAGUUACAGCCAGAUGAUGCGGCAUGUGGUGACCUUCCAGACGCUGACGCUGAUGAUGAGUUUACAAACCAACUCUCUUACCGGCUGGGGCGGCUACAGUUCACCCAAGAUGGGCAACUACGAUACUUCGGCUCGACAUCUAAUCUCACUCUGCUAGAUGCUCUAGUCAGCGUGGAUUUACCCAAUUCCAACAUCACUCAGAAAGAUACCCAAGAAGUCUUGGAAAAUGCGAAACUCAAUAUUGACGUCGACAAGGAUUUAGAAAAUCACUUGCUUGAACUCUAUUUUACAUGGCAGAAUCCCUCCCUAUACCUCGUCGAAUCUGAGAGAUUUUGGAAGGCGAGAAAAGAAUACAUUCACAACGGUUUGAUCUCUUCAUAUUACUCUCAGUCCCUCGUUGAGGCAAUGUGUGCUUUGGGUGCUGCAUAUGCGCCCAAAUAUCACCCGGAGCUUGUCACCUUUCCCCGGUCUCUGCCGGAAUUCUUUGGUGAUAGGGCUAGAGCUUUAUUGGAGUGCGAAUUUGAACACCCUUCUCUGUCAACAAUCCAAUCCCUAGUUCUCGUUAGCAACUACGAAGCAUCCAGGACAAGGGACACUCGAGGAUGGUUAUAUAGUGGAAUGGCCAUGCGGCUUGCUUUUGACCGUGGCCUUCACAUCGACAUCACACCCUAUGUGGAGAAAGGUAUCAUUUCAGCGGAGGAAUGUAAUACCCGGCGUACCAUAUUUUGGGCCGCGUAUAUAAACGAACAGUUUUGGGGCUACUAUUUAGGUCGUUCGGUUCGUAGUCCGAUGGCAGGAGUCACGGUCCAAAAGCCCCACUGGAAUAACGUACGCCCACCAACGAUAUGGAGGCCUUACGAUUGCCUCAAAAUCAGAACGGAAAACAUGUAUACUCCGUUAGAGAUGAUAUGCCAUCGAUGGGUCUCUCUGUAUGAUCUCAUGAUGCCGCUUACUGAUGUUUUAUAUGGAUGUUCUGAAAUUUCGAAGCGGGCUCUUCAGGAAUUAACGGCGGCCACUGUUAGCCAACUGUUCGAAUGGAAGAAGAACCUACCAGAGAAUCUCGAUGUCAAUGUAGCAAAAGAAUGUCAGGAGUAUUUACCCCAUAUUCUUAUACUACACAUGCAAUACUAUCAGUUCGUAAUUCACUGCCAUCGCCCUUACAUAUCGAAGCACUACACCCAAGCCCAGCCACCCCAAGGGCCUGGCUCUUCCCAUGCGCGCAAGAUGUGCGUUGAGUCCGCCAUUACAAUUGCCAAAGUUUUGAUGAUCUAUGAAAAGCUUUAUGCACUGAUCCUGAUUUUCACCACCGUUCCAACGCAAUCUAGAAGGCCUAAUGAGGAGCAUACCAAGUACCUUGGUACAUGUUUCUGGGCUCUAGAUGAAAUGGGAUACUGCUUUGAAAAUGCCAAACGAACAAGCAUGUUCUUGAACACCCUUCAGCAGCAGUGGCACAAACGCAGGCGGACUGCAACAAAACGAGAUUUUCAAGGGGGCCCCGAGAAUUGUCAAAUUGAACGGGAUACUCCAGAAUUUUCUGCAUACGAUCGUCUUCGCUCAUCGAUGCAGACUUCCGGAGGCGUCGAGACGUUCCUGCCCUCUGAUUACUGGAACCAAGACUAUACUUCAGCUAGCGAAGAAGCCUUGGAUUUGGUGGAUUUCAUGGAUCCUGAUUUAUGCAAUGUACUGUUAAGUGAAGGAAUUCCAAGAGCAUUCGUCUGA